AUGGCUAUGACCUCUCCAUUCUCUUCAUUGGAACAUGCAAUUACGGUUGCCAGAGACAUAUGGUACCGUAAGUUGAAUGUUAGAUCUUGGUUGGAGGCUAUAUCAGGACGAUUUUGUUCUAAUGAAUACUUGGAAACAGCGAACGAAGCUACUGUGCAGAUCUGUUCAUUAGCUGAACUUCAUGAAUGGGGAUUAAAGUACGAGGAGAAAUUUGGCUAUGUUUUUGUGACAUUUGUAGCUGGUAGGACAUUUGAAGACAUACUUGCUGAAUUAAAGAUUGCUUCAACAGAGGAAUUGAAGUAUAUAGAACGUGCUAUUAGAGAGCUUCUUUCUAAGAAAUCUGUCCAAACUACCGAUGAAAGAGAUGAUAAUAUGUCAACUGAAUAUUCAAGCGAAAUAGUUGCUGACACUCUAGAUGGAGCAGACACUAAUUCAGAAGACGAUUUAGAUGCUAUCUUCUCCGGUGGAUAUGACAUCUCCAGGGAUGUUGAGCUCAAUAAGGUUCCAGAAGACAAUGAAACUUUAAACACCCAACAUAGAGAAGAUGUCGUACGUGUUGCAAAAAGGGGUUUCGAUCUGAACAAAUUGCCAUGGUUUGGAGAUGACUUAUCAGAUCCAUUAUCACGUCACUGCAGCGGAUUUCUGACAGAGUAUUUCUGGCCAGGUCAAUACGAUGUUGAUGAGAAAUUUUGA